GAAACACACAGACAGGAGCCCUCCUUUGAUGAUGUCCACUGAGCAAAUGCAGCCACUGGAGCUCCCAGAAGACAGACUGGACAAGCGAGACCCUCACUGCAGCCACUUAGAUGAUCUUUCAGACCAGUUCAUUAAGGACUGUGAUCUCAAAAAGAAGCCAAGGAAGGGAAAAAGUGUACAGGUUGCUCUGAAUGUUGAGUCAGAUAAAAAAAAACCGAGAAGAAAAGAUACGCCAGCACUGCACACCCCUCCUUUCAUACCAGGUGUGUUUUCAGAACAUUUAAUUAAAAGAUACGAUGUUCAAGAGAGACAUUCAAAGGGCAGAAUGAGUCCAGCUCUUCAUAACACUGACCUGGAACAGAAAAAGCCAAGGAGAAAAGACACACCUGCCCUGCACAUGCCCCCCUUUGCAGCAGGUGUGACACUGCUCAGGGAUGAGAGACCCAAAGUGAUCACGGAAGAUGACGAAAAGGAUGGUGACAAAAUAGCUAUUUAAAAAUAUUUCCCCUGAGACCACUUGUAAAUAGAUUCUCUUGGAAAAACACCUCAAUAUCUGGCAACCCUGGGCCUGACUGGAAGCGUGGCGACCACCAGCUGGCACUGAGCACCAGAUGUUGUUUUAGAAGGAACACACAUUGUCCAGCUUGCCGUCGCCCACCUGGCAUAUUUCACCCACAUUUCACUCCAGCCCUCACAUGUGCGUCUGGGCCCACAGUGAGACCCACACUGAGUGUUCCUAAUGAUCUCUCAUCCCUUUGAUCCCAGAGCUCCACUUCCACUACUGAUGGGCCCAGACACAGCUUCGGGAGGAUGGGAAUACGGUUGUGGCCAGGCUGCUGGUUGAGGCGUAAGUGGAGAAACCAGGCCACUGCGAUGUCCUUAAGAAGCCAAAAGCAAUUAAUGUGCAUAAUAGGAUUAUGUUCCACCAGCAGCAGUUUUCACCAACGGAUCCUCACUAAGACAACACAGAUGCAGCCUCGUCCUAUCAGAUGUGCCAUACCAGUACCUGUUGUGCUCCACAGCCGGGCCCACAGCGUGUCCUUGAGAAACUCACAGGCUACUCAGAAAAGCCCUCACUACGUCUGACUUCCUGGGGUGGGGUGGGAAGUGUACUGGCUGUUGUAGAGACAAAGGCCUUGGGUUCCAGCCCCAGCUGUGUGAUACCGAGUGAGUCCCUGGAACCCUCUGUUUCUUCAUCUUGAAUUCCCACUAGACCCGUGUGAGAGUUUGAGAGUUAAAUGUGGUGACGUAUGGCCAAGGGCUUUGUAAGCUAGAAAGGCCUAUCAGUCAGUAAGAUAGGAUAAUUUUGAGACAUUUUUCAGAGCAUAGACUGUACCUUUUCUAUUGCCGAAUCCCCAUUGCCUGGGUAUUUAAUGGGUAGCAAUUAUGUGGAAUUUAAUCUCAGCCCCUGAAGAAGUACUUCAAGUAGGAGAUCCCAUCACUUGUGUAGCCUUAACUUAGAGGAAGGGCGCCUUUCUUUAAAUCCAAACCAUCUUUUAAAACUAUUGCCUGAGAUCACGCAGCGAACUUUUCGUGCCUAAUUAUCACCUGGAGAGGCAGGACCUGGUGCUGAAGGAUAAGGGGAGGACGGUAAAGGACUCAAGCAGUGUUUCCUUUUAAGUUCAAAUAAGUGAUUUUUCCCUUCCAAGCCUGUGUUGUCCAGGUUGUUCACUUAAAACAAGGAUAGACUGAGAUAGCAUGCGGUUGUGAAAAUAAGUUAGUCAAGCAAUUAUUUCUCCCUAACUGAGAAUAAGAGACUAGUUACAUGACGGAUUUUGUAGAAUCUUUGUCAUCUUGUGUAAAUGAGGCUCCCUGCCAUUUGUAAUUUGUGUGAAAGAGUUACUCACAAAAUGCCGCAAGGCAGUGCAUGAAUGCCCAGGAAAUGGGGAACUGGGAAUAUCCUCUUUCCAGGCUCCUGGACACAGCAUUGCCUUUGAGCUGGCUUUUAAGUUUCAUCUCUACAGAGGUUCAGAACACUAUAACCACAGUAAUUCCUGACCCAAAAACAAGGGCAGAAGGCUCUCCACAGAGAAGGGUAUGUAUAGGGAAAACAACGUACUAUUUGAAAUGAACCCUUCCCUGGAGAAUCCAAGAUAUCAACUUGCCUUUCCCAAGAAGAAAAGGAUAGGUAUUUCCUAACCUCCAGUAGCAGGUCCCUCCCACGAGAUGAGAUUCCUCAUCCUUCAGGAGACCUCACGGGGAAGGAGCAGAAAGCGGAAGACACCGGCGCCCACCCUAACUCCUGGGGCUCUCCCAUCUGAUGCCAAGUAUGAACUUUGAGGGUUAAAUAAAAAACAGUAAACUACCAAUCCUCAUAUCCUUAUAAUUUGGUUAGAGUUCCAGAAAAACAACUUCAGAGUCCCCAGUGCUUUAGAGAGGUGAACAUAUACUUGAAUGCUUAUCAAUCAAAUCAAAUCACAUAUAUAAGCUCUAUUUAAAAUGUAUUACUGAAUCACUACUUAGAGAAUAUCCUUCAUGAAAGGAACAGUGUGCUCUGAGCC